CUUGUUUGGCUGCAAUUGAUUAAAUGCUUUCCACACCCAGAUGAUGCUCUUUUAUGUUGCUUUACUAAUAUUAAUGUAUUAUUAAUUGUCUGUAGCUUGAGUGGCGCUUCUCCGUUUCUUGGCGAGACCAAACAAGAAACACUUACCAACAUUUCAGCUGUCAACUAUGACUUUGAUGAAGAGUACUUCAGUAACACAAGUGAGCUCGCCAAGGACUUCAUUCGCCGACUGCUGGUCAAGGAUCCUAAGAAGAGAAUGACAAUCGAAGACAGUCUCCAGCAUCCCUGGAUCAAGGUGAUUAAGAGGCGUAAUGUUCGGCCUGAGGAGUGCGAGCGCAAGACAGAGCGCAGGCGUCUGAAGACCACCCGUCUGAAGGAGUACACCAUCAAAUCCCACUCCAGCAUGCCUCCCAACAACACCUACAUCAACUUUGAGCGCUUCUCCCAGGUCAUGGAGGAGAUCUCAGCAGCCGAGGAAGGCCUACGAGAGCUGGAGAAGAACCAGCGCUCCUGCGCUGAGGACGUGGCCGCUCUGCUCUCCAUCUAUGAGGAGAAAGAAAGCUGGUACAAGGAGGAGAACGAAAGCAUCGCUGCAGAUCUGAAUCAGAUCAAACAGGAGCUGCAGAGAGCACAAGCCCUGCGCAGACAGAGCCAGGAAGAGGCCCGCGCCGCCAUGCUGUCAGCCAAUGCCCUCAAACGCAAGUUUGGCCGGUUGGAGAACCGCUACGAAGUGCUCGCUGAGCAGAUGGUCUCCGAGGUGCGCUGGGUGGAAGAGCUGGUGCGUUCGAUUUCAGCUGAAAAUGACACUCGCAGCACCAGCAUGGCUUAAGCUGCUCUGUUUGCUUUCUGAACGCAAUGACUAUCUAAUAUCUUCGCUUGGUAUGUGCAGGGCAGAUAUAGAGUAUUAAACUUUGCAAUAAGCUUCAUGUAAGCCUGUAGAGUUCAUGUUACUCCUAGAACAAAAGCAUUGCAAAAUGGUAUUUUCUAUAAAUGCUGAGUGAGAGUGUGCAUGUGUUUCGCUUGUGCAUUGCAGUAUCCUUAUGUGAUGCCGGUCUGUUACAGCUGAAGCAAGCAUUUAGUAUUUUUAAUUGUCACCUCAAAAAUAUACAUGCUGGAUCAGUAGAUAAAAAUGAGUUUAUUUACAGUUCUAUUACAGCACUCAGAGCAAAGCAUAUUAUUAAUGUACAUUGUGAGUAAUGCACUACACAGUCCUCUAUGAGGAAUUGAAUAAUCUCAAGAUGCCAGUUGCUUUUAUUGCUCUGCAUGUCCGCUUUUCCUAUGCAAAUCGAAUUCUAAUUUUAUGAUAUGAGACAAAGUAAAUAACUUCUACACUUAUGAUAGUCCUAAAUGCUGUUUUGAAUGAUCUGUACAUAUAUCUAAUACUCAGUAAGCUGCUUCUGUAUCUACACUCUAAAAAAUGCUGGGUUGUUUCAACCCAACUUUGGGUCAAAUAUGGACUA